UCGCGCGGAUCGUGCAAGCGCUCUUCCCCCCUUCCGCGCAGUCUCUCCCUCGUCACGGUGCCGCUGCCCCACGUUGACGACGACGACGACGACAACGACGACGAGAGAACGGUGGUAGUCGCUCGUUCGAUCGCCGUGGGUUUUCCGAUGUCGCCGCGCGUCGUCGCGGACGUGACGGUAGCACGCGGGCUAUAAACUCGCUCGAGACACUCUCUCCCUCUCGCUCCCUCUCCCUCCUCCAGCCAUCUCCCUCUUUCUCUCUUUCGCUUCCUUUCAUGGCAAACGCAUGCAGAACGCAUCGUUUUUCCCGUGAACGCGGACACGCGAGUUCCCUUUGUGCGUCGACGCUCUCGCAACAACGCACGGCGCGUCCGUCCCAUGCUGGACCAGGAUAAACACCUGCACGCGGCGCGAUCUCGUUAAAAGCCACUCACAGUGACUCGUGGUGCAGACUACACGGUGAAUACAAUCCUCGCGAGUGCGCGACAUUCGCCAAAGGUCCACGAUCUCUCCCCCGUGUCAGCGACUCCUUUGGGAUUUUCCCAAAGACACGACCACGCGCGAACGCGAAUGUAACGCGGGCCUCGGCGAUGAGAGGAUAGACGACAGCGUAACCUCAGCCCGUACGUGUCCCCCCGUGGACGAAACGGUGAUUGAAUCGACGCAGCACGAAUUCCUGCACCAACUCCUUGCCACUCGAUGCUACGGUCCAUAAGUGCGAUCUGAUUGUGUACCCACUGCUUGAGUACUACUGGUGGAAGAAGCAUAGAAGACUAGAAAAGCGCAUUAAUUGGACGUAACAAUGGAUUCGGAGGAGGAAACGCUUUACGACGACGUAGACUCUGGUAACGAGUCGAGCGGCGACGACGUUGAUUUUGCUAUGGAAAUAGAGUCCGGUAAUCCGCGGGAACGGGCUACCGACGUCGACGAAUAUCCCUUUGAAGUGCUUUCCACCGAGGAGAUUGUGCAGCACAUGGUUGACUCCAUAAAGGAGGUCAACACUGUUGUCGAAAUACCAGCUACCACCACACGUAUUUUAUUAAAUCACUUUAAAUGGGACAAAGAAAAAUUGAUGGAACGAUUUUACGAUGGUGAUCAAGAAAAGUUGUUUGCCGAGGCACGCGUCAUUAAUCCGUUUAGGAAGGGCCCUUUAAUAAGCAGGAGUCGAUCUUCCCAAAGUUCUCUAGUAAACCCUAAAAGACCGACAAAUGGAACGGAGGAAUGUGGCAUCUGUUUUAUGAUCUUGCCAUCCUCAAUGAUGACUGGUUUGGAAUGCGGACAUCGUUUCUGUACCGGUUGUUGGGGAGAGUAUUUGACAACUAAAAUCAUGGAGGAAGGAGUUGGACAAACAAUAGCCUGUGCUGCUCACGCUUGUGACAUUUUAGUCGAUGAUGCCAGUGUUAUGCGACUUGUCAAAGAUUCCAAAGUUAAAUUAAAAUACCAACACUUAAUCACCAAUAGCUUUGUCGAAUGUAAUAGGUUAUUGAGAUGGUGUCCCUCCCCCGAUUGCAAUAACGCCAUUAAGGUGCAGUACGUGGAAGCGAGACCAGUUACUUGCAAGUGUGGACAUAUCUUCUGUUUCCACUGCGGCGAAAACUGGCACGAUCCUGUAAAGUGUCAUUUACUUCGCAAGUGGAUCAAAAAGUGCGACGACGAUUCCGAGACGUCAAAUUGGAUCGCUGCUAACACGAAGGAGUGCCCCAAGUGUAACGUUACUAUUGAAAAAGAUGGCGGUUGUAACCAUAUGGUUUGCAAGAAUCAGAAUUGUAAAACCGAAUUUUGUUGGGUGUGUCUUGGUCCUUGGGAGCCGCAUGGUUCCAGCUGGUACAACUGUAAUCGUUACGAUGAAGAGGAAGCUAAAGUAGCCAGGGAUGCACAAGAAAAAUCCAGAUCGGCUUUACAGAGAUAUUUGUUUUACUGCAAUAGAUAUAUGAAUCAUAUGCAAUCGCUAAAAUUUGAAAGUAAAUUGUAUGCCAGCGUGAAGGAGAAGAUGGAAGAAAUGCAGCAACAUAAUAUGUCGUGGAUUGAGGUACAAUUUUUAAAAAAGGCAGUUGAUAUUUUGUGUUCCUGUAGACAGACUCUCAUGUACACUUACGUUUUCGCUUACUAUGUGAAAAAGAACAAUCAGUCUGUGAUUUUUGAGGAUAACCAAAAGGAUUUGGAGAGUGCCACCGAGUGUCUCUCUGAAUAUCUUGAAAGGGAUAUCACUAGCGAAAAUCUUGCAGACAUUAAACAAAAGGUUCAGGAUAAAUAUAGAUACUGCGAUAGCCGAAGAAAAGUGCUUUUAGAACAUGUUCAUGAAGGGUAUGAGAAAGAAUGGUGGGAUUACAAGGAAUAGAGGAUUUUUGCUAAUUUCAUUUUUUGGGGUGACACGAAUCCUCUACCUUCCCACCUCUGCCCCAACUGUGAUAAACCAAGAAAGAGUUAACAAGAGACAAAAAUGGAGCAUGUCACAAAGUGAUUAACGUGUUAUAUGCACUUUAUACAUAAUGUGCUCUGUGGCAACACGUAUAAUGUCGUUAAUGCUGAACUCAAAUUAUUAAAAUUCAAUCCGAUCACGAACAAGUUGAUUGGACAAUAUUUUGAUUUGCGCUUGCUGUGUGUUGUACAUCAUUGUAGAUUCUUGAUCAUUGAUAAAAAAAAAUGCCCGAUUGUUUUAAGAAAGUCUUAAGAAAAAGUUAUAUUCAUUAAGACGAACAAGAUCAUGCGUAUUAUUAUUCGCAACAUACCUAGCAUGUUGCGCUGUAAAGUGACUUGGCUAAAAAUUUGCUAUUUUAUUUAGCGUAUUUUACCGACACCAAGCAAAUUGAAAGCUUUUAAAUCCUGAAAAUUAAUUUCCCCCCCUUCCCCUCUUAAUUUUAAGGACAAUGUUUAAAAUAAGUCAGGUACAAUUUAAAUGAUUCAUCCCCAAUUGUUUUACUUUAUUUUGGACCACAAUACGUCCAGGCUACAACUGCCAAUGUUUAAGAGAAACUAAAUUAUGUACGUAUCGUCAGUGCUAUGUAUUCAUGUUUAACGGUUGAGCUUUUUUCAUCCUUGCUUGUGUAUUAUUUCAAGAAAACUAGAUACAGAAUACAAAAUCUUUACCAAUA